CUUGAACUAAACAUGGACGUGCACUUUCCCAGGAUUGCAAAGAAUGUCCCAGCCUCUUGCUGCCAUGAUGUGGACCGCUUCUUGCACUCCGCCACUGGCACCCCUCCUUGCAAGAAUCAAAACCCUGCAAGUGUAUCAUGUCCAGGCGAAAGGUGAGAGGCCUGACUAGGAUGGGGCGCCAGGUCAGCGAGGACCCGGACCUGGAUAGCUUGCUGUCCACCUUGUCUCCUGAAGAGAUGGAGGAGCUGGAGAAGGACAUGAUGAAGGUCCCUGACCUCAACCCGGAGGACGGGAAGGUUAUUGUUCAGGGGGAACUUGCCAGCAGCCAUAAAGUGGACACAAAGCCACGUCAAGAGGAGACACUGGAGCUUGAAUCAAAGAAGGAAAACCGGAAGCAAGAAUACCUGAAGAAGAUGGGCCCAAGCCAGGAUGAGAAGCAAGACAUGAAAGUCCAAAAACAAGGAGACACCGACACCAAAGACAGGAACACUAAAGGUCCGGAAGUCUUAAAACAGGAACGAGGUCGUCUUUCGAAUCGAUUCAUGAAACAAGAAAGUGCAGAGAGCGACCUGAAGGACAGAUGUGAGGACAACCGGACAAAGGACAGGAAGUCGAGCCACGAGAACACUACCAGCAAAACAAUGGACGUGGUCUCCAAGAUACAGGAAAAGAAGGAGGACAGCAGCAGAGAGAAGGACUGCAGGAGGAGGGACGACAGCAAAACCAAGGACAUCAUCUCCAAACUGCGAGAGAAGAGCGAGAAGGAAGUCGGGAAGGACAGGGAGCGGAGGUCCGAGAGCAUCAGGACGCAGGGACUGGUUUCUAGGAUGUUGGAGAAGCAGAGUAAAGCCCAGGAGAACCAGGUUCUCGAUGAGAAGAAACCUGAAGAAAAGAAGAUUACUCGUAAGAUGGAGCGACAGACAUCCCAGAGGGAGGAGAAAGCUGGAACAGACGGAGAAGAACUGCUGAACCACAGCGACCACGCCAAAGAGAAGAAGAUUGAGAAUGUCGCAGUCAAAACUGAGGAGAAACUCAGCAAUUGUGUCGCCGAAAACGCCAAAACAAACGAUCACGAGGAGGACGACGAAGACUCCAGCAUGUUUGAUGAGCUGAUGGAGCAGGUCCGACGUGACGAACCGUCACUCGUUGAGCUCAACGUCAACAAUUCUGAGGUCAUCAAAACCAAGACGCUUAUGGACUUCGCCGAAGCGUUGCGUUCCAACACCCACGUCAAGAAGGUAGCAAUGGCCAACUGCCGCGCUGAUGACCACGUAGCGUAUGCCAUCUCCGGCACGCUUCGCCACAACACCACCAUCACCAGCAUCAACCUGGACUCCAACCAUCUCACCGGCAAGGGCAUCCUGGCGCUCAUCCAGGCGCUGCAACACAACGCCACCCUCACUGAGCUGCGCUUUCAGAACCAACGCCACAUCUGCGGCGGAAAAACCGAAAUGGAGAUGAUCAAGAUCCUGAAGGAGAACACCACCUUACUCAAACUGGGGUACCACUUUGAGCUAGCCGGUCCAAGGAUGACCACCACCAACAUCCUCAGUCGUAAUAUGGACCGGCAGCGGCAGAAGCGUCUUCAGGAGCAGAAGCUUGCACAGGCCAACAACGGUGACAAGAAGGAGGCGCUGGAGGUACCCAAAGUGGGCGGCGGAGGAUCCCUGAGGUGCUCCCCUAAGGCGUCCCCUAAACCAUCACCUAUGGCAUCGCCGAUGCCUUCGCCCAAGCUGAGCCCCAAAAGAGGCGCUGGGGCUCCUCCGCCACCGCCGCCCCCACCACCCCCAGGGUUAGGACCUCCACCCCCUCCGCCUCUAAUGCUGGAAGUAGACUCCUUGAGGAAUUCCCUGACUCCUGUGUCUCGGAGGAACCUGAACGGGAAGAGCCGAGGUGCUUGCAGGAACUCGAGGGACCAACUCCUUGCCUCCAUCAGAGGGAGCACCAUCAAUCAGCUCAAGAAGGUGCCAGUCCCCAAGUGGCUCCAGUAGGGUGCCAUGGUCGGAUUCAUUCGGAAAAAGAAGCAAAAAGAUGAACCAUCCCACCUGGAUGCGGACCGAGACCCAAGGAUGGAGGAUGCCCAUUUUUUUUUACAGACACUGGACCAAAAAGGACUUUUGUGGAGAACGUGUGCCGCUAGAGGGGGGUGGGCUCCCCACUUGUAGCCUGCAGAGAGCUUGUUUAUGGUCUUGGAUGCUUUGCUGGUUCUUUGCACUACUUGGUGAACAUGUUGGCUUAUCAAUGUGGGAGUUAAUGAUGCAACACUCCGUAACUUUUUAUACAACUUUAACACACACAUUAAAAAUCAUUUUACUAUUUUAUUUAUUCAUUUAUCUGCUAUUUCAGUGUCAGGGAAUAAAAAAAACACAAUAUGUCCCCCACUUCUAAAACAACAUCAUUUAGAUUUAGAUGUGCGUGUCAUAUCCAAAUAUCAACAAAUCUCAGGCAAAGUUGAUAUGGAAAGCACCACCGCUUUAUUACACGGUUCAUAUUUUAUUAUCAGUAUUAUCAGGAACUACAAUAAGUAUCCCAUGCUAUUUUUUUUGUACAGUAUAAUUGUAGCUGGCGUGAUACUUUCAUGUAAUCUCUGUCUCUGCCUCUUAAGAUUUUAGCCACCGGUCUCCAAACAUGACAAUUUAAGUUUUUCUAAGCUUUUUCUCUCAUUUGUGACUUUUCUUACAGAGCCUGUACAAUAAAAGUG